AUGCCUCUCAUCAUCGUCACCGGUUUCCCAACCUCGGGCAAGUCCACGCGGGCGAAGCAGCUAUACGACUACCUCUCAACACGCAUCACCGACUCGAAGCACCGUCUGCACCUCAUCUCCGACGACAGCCUGUCUAUAUCCCGCGCCGUCUACGAUCUCGCAGCCGUGCCCGCGCAUACACGCUCCGCCAACGCCUCGGAAAAGGAUGCCCGCGCCAGCCUCUACGGCGCCGUUAAGCGCGUGCUGUCGGACAAGGACAUUGUCAUUCUCGACGGCCUCAACUAUAUCAAGGGAUGGCGCUACCAGCUGCACUGCGAGGCCAAGGCCAUGCGCACGCCCAGCUGCAUCCUGCAGAUAGGCUGCACGCCCGACCGCGCCAAGGAGGUCAACCAAGCCCGCCUGAAUACACGUGCAGCGGUGGAGAGGGGCGGAAUAGAGGCCACAGACGGCCCAGAGCCGUACGAGCAGGGAAACUGGGACAACCUCGUCUUUCGCUACGAGGAGCCGAAUCCAAUGACGAGAUGGGACAGCCCGCUGUUCACACUGAUCUGGGAAGAUGACGAAGCGCAGGCGACAAAGACAUUCGAGGCGCUCUGGGACACCAUUGCCGGCGACGGGCGCAAAGUAGUCAAGCCAAAUCAGUCGACAGAGCCGCGGGGGCGCGAAGCCAGCGGCGAUUAUCUCUACAUCCUGGACCGCGAGACGCAAUAUAUAGUCAAGCGCAUAUUGGACCAGCAAGGGGACGAAGCGGGCGGCGAGGUCAAGAUUCCCCUCACAAACUCUACGCAAGAGGACCUGAUAGUGAAUUUGCCCACGUUGAAGAAGCUGAGCCUGCCCGGUCUGCAACGCCAUCGAAGAGCGUUCAUGGGCUUGAAUAGAGGCGGCAUUGGCUUGGAAGCCGUUGGGAACAUGGCGGCGGAUCGAAUACGCUCGCUCUUCGUGCGAUAUCUCAACGACGCAUUCGAAAACGAGGAAUGA